CUUGUGUUGUUUUUGUCAUCCAUCAGUGCUACUCCUUCAUCAGUGGAGUCCAGACUGGAGGUUCUGGAGUGUCACUUCACCUGGGAUCUGGAUCCUAGCAGAUCCAACUCCUUACGUCUCAGAGACCGGCUGAUGGACAUCGGUACCGAUGAGGGAAACAUGUGGCUGGGCCACAUUUACAACCUUCAGGGCUACAUCCACCACCAGCUGGGCCUGGACUCAGAGGCCCUGCAGUUCUUCACCAGAGCUGCUGAGACCUUUCAUCAGAUCAGAACCAGUGGCUCUGAUGAGGGGCCCUGGUUGGUGGUGAACUAUGGGAACCUGGCCUGGCUGUACCAUCACCUGGGAGACCAAGCACAAAGUGAGUCUUGCCUGUCCAAAGUGGACGCCCUCCAGACUAAGCAUCCAUCUCCAUGUCAGGACCAGCUCCACCCGGAGGUCGGUGCUGAAAAAGCCUGGAGUCUGAUGAAGUUUAAUAAAACCAGGAAGCUUCUGGCUGUAGAUUUGUUUGAGAAGGCCAUCCAGAUGCAGCCGGACAGGGUGGAGUGGUGCACCAGCCAGGUGUUAGCUUUAGUGAGCGCUCACAAACACAGUCGAACAGCACUGGACGAUGAGAUCCUGGACAAAAUGAAGAUGGCCAAAGAACAAGACCCUGAGAACCUGUGCCUCGCCGUUCGGUAUCUCAGUCAACGUGUCAACAAAGAAGAUAACGUGAAGGAGGAGGCUCGUGAGCUGGCGGCAAAGAUUCUGGUGAAUCCUGUCGGCAGCUACAACGGUAUGAAGGCCAUUCUGAGACUUUACACAAAAAUUCUGUCUGUUGAUGAAGCCAUGGAUUUGGCAGAAGACGCUCUACUACAACAUCCUGAAAAUCGUUACCUGAUGAGAUGUGCAGCGCUCUGUUAUAAAUGGAAGAUCGUGUUUAACAGGGAUAGUACCAUAAAUCAAAGUACCAUCGACAGAGCAGUCAGUCUGCUGAAAGAAGUCAUCCGUCUUUACCCUGAUUCUUGUCUGGUCAAAGAAAUCGACCUCGCCAACGUUUAUGCCAAGUCCAAUCACAGUCUGCCUGAAGCUGAGGAGAUCUACAAGAACCUUCUACAACGUGUCCUGGAACCAGCAGACAGACAGAUGCUGUACUACCAAUAUGCAAAUUAUCUGCAUUAUGAUCGUGAACACCACAACAAAUCCCUGCGGUACCACAUGAAGGCUGCAGAGAUACCACAUGAGUCCUGUUACAGAACGAACAGCAUCAGAGUCUUGGAGAACAUCAGAAGUAGAGGCCGGAGCAGAAUGUGUGGAGAGAUCGGAAAGUUUCUGGAGAACCUGCACGAGUCCAGUCCAUCCGCCUCAGCUGGGCUUCAGUGACCAUGUUUCCUAAAGCUGGUGGACUAGAGGGGGGCGGUAUAUGUCACCUACGAUAAUAUCGUACAUGUUGAUUUGACAAUGUGUAGUUUUACGUUAUGGAAUCUUCAUACUGUCUGAAAAGAAAACAAACGGUGCAUAGACGGUAACGGAGAGGUGCAUGAAAGUCCUCAUUGGCUGAAUGUGUGUCUCAGAAGCCAAUCAGCAGACAGGAUUCAGUCUGGUGGUGACUGGGCGGAACCAAAAACACAACAUCAUCUCACAUGGAGGACAUCUGCAGGAGUGUCCGUCUGAGCAGAUGAUGUCACAGACAGACAUGGGUCCACAUCAGACUACUGAUGUGGACCCAUGUCUGAUGGGCCCACGA